UUGGAGUUUGACCAUAACAGAAAGAGAAGGGAAGAUAACUCACACUUUCCUCUCUUCUUCCUCAAAAAUCAACACUAACCCAUUCUUUAAAAGCCUCUCUACUUUGCUCUUCUUUUCUCCCUCAAAGCUUUUCUUCAUAUCGAAUCCAUCUCAAAGACUGCUUUUAGGUUUGUUGGGGAAUGUGCUGUGGUUCAAAAUCUGAACUUGUUCCUUCAAAUUUCACCAUGGAAGGUGAGCUACAAGAGCAUAAAAUUGGUGCUCUAUGUAAAUGUUCGCUUUUGCUUGAAUUGGCUGCUUCUAAUGAUCUAGUGGCCUUCAAAAAUGAAGUAGAAGAGAAAGGUUUGGAUCUUGGCGAAGCAAGUUUGUGGUAUGGUAGAAGAAUUUGGUCUAGAAAGAUGGGAUUUGAAGAAAGGACGCCUUUGAUAAUUGCUGCCAUGUUCGGUAGUGUGGAUGUUUUGAAAUACAUCAUUGGAAGCGGCAAGAUCGAUGUGAAUGACGCUUGUGGUACCGAUGGAGUUACUGCUUUGCAUUGUGCUGUUGCUGGUGGUUCGGAUUCUUCGGUUGAGAUUGUCAAGUUGUUGCUUGAUGCAUCUGCUGAUGCUAAUCGUGUUGAUGCUAAUGGGAGCAAGCCAAUCGAUCUGGUUCUGCCGGCUUUAAAAUCCUUGAGUAGUUCCAAAAGAAAGGUGAUCGAGUUGUUGCUGAAAGGUGUUAGUGGCUGUGUUCUUAACGAGAAGGCUGAAUCUGAAAAGACGGUGUUGCCUCAGAUGUUUAAAGAAGGGUCUGAGAAGAAAGAGUAUCCUAUUGAUGUAUCGUUGCCUGAUAUCAACAAUGGUAUCUAUGGAACUGAUGAUUUCAGGAUGUAUACCUUUAAGGUGAAGCCUUGCUCAAGGGCAUACUCCCAUGAUUGGACCGAGUGUCCUUUUGUUCAUCCCGGUGAGAAUGCGAGGAGGAGGGACCCAAGGAAGUACCCUUAUAGCUGUGUGCCAUGCCUGGAGUUUCGGAAGGGUGCAUGUCCUAAGGGUGAUGCUUGUGAUUAUGCACAUGGUAUUUUCGAAUCUUGGUUGCAUCCUUCUCAGUAUCGAACAAGGCUUUGCAAAGAUGAAAUUGCCUGCGCACGUAAAGUCUGUUUCUUUGCUCAUAAACUCGAAGAAUUGCGUCCCGUGAAUGCUUCCACUGGAUCAGCUAUGCCUUCACCGAGGUCUGCUGUUAUCAAUGCAGCGGAUAUGGCUAAUUUGAGCCCUCUAGCACUUGGUUCAUCUGCCUUGCCAUUGCCUACCACUUCAACGCCGCCCAUGUCUCCUUUGGCUGUUGCUUCCUCUCCAAAGUCUGGAGGCUUGUGGCACAAGCAAGUUAACCUCACCCCACCUACGUUGCAGCUACCGGGUAGCCGCUUGAAGACGGCUUUUAAUGCCAGAGAUUUUGAUUUGGAAAUGCAACUACUUGCGCUCGAGAAUCAUGCUAGCCAAUUGCAGCAGCAACAAUUGAUGGAUGAGAUAUCUAGUCUCUCCUCUCCAUCUUGUUGGACUAAGGAAUACAAUAGGCUUGAAGAUUUAAAGCCUACCAAACUCGAUGAUGCUUUUGGAUCUCUCGAUCCAUCUCUGCUAUCUCCGUUGAAGGGACUGUCAAUAGAAUCCGUAACACAAACUCAAUCACAAUCUCGCCAAAACAUGAACCAACUCCGUGCAAGCUACCCAAUGAACCUUUCAUCAUCUCCGGUGAGGAAGCCCUCAGUCUUUGGUUUUGACUCAUCUGCUGCUGUAGCUGCAGCAGUAAUGAAUUCCAGGUCUUCGGGAUUUGCAAAACGGAGCCAGAGUUUUAUAGACCGUGGAGCAAUGAUCGGUCGUGCUGGACUUACUACAUCUGCUAACUCAAAAACUAUGAUGUCUUCAAAUAUUUCUGAUUGGAGCUCCCCUGAUGGGAAACUGGAUUGGGGUAUUCAAGGAGAUGAGCUGAACAAGCUUAGAAAGUCUGUUUCUUUCGGGUUUCGAAACAACAAUCCCACCACUACAGCAACAACGAACAUGAUGCCAACCGAUGCUGAUGAGCCAGAUGUAUCUUGGGUUCAUUCCCUUGUGAAGGAUGCUGCACCUACGGAAGCUCGAUUGCAUCAACAACAGCGAUACAGUCUCGGUAAAGGUGUUCGAGAAACACUUCCACCAUGGAUGGAGCAAAUGUACAUAGAGCAGGAGCAGAUGGUGGCAUAAGAAAAAGAUCCCUUUGCUCAUUGCCUUAUUCUAACUUAUAUUAUUUCAUAUUGUAUCAAUCAAGAAGUAAACCUAUAUGAGCAGGAAGAAUUAAGUGACUGCUCACAUUAGAGAAUUAGGAGAAAGAUGGGAUAAGCAACAUGGAAAUUUAUUGAUUAUUUCAUAUUUUCUUUAAAUAGGAGGGAUAAAUUCUCUAUGUUUUUAACGAGGAAUGUGUUCUUAUGUAUAUUUAAUACAAUUGAAGAAGUCUAUUUAACUUAA